AUGGCGUCAAGUUUUAACCCAAGUUCUUAUUUUUAGGUUAAUUAGUAUGAUAAAAAUACUCCAGCUAUUAGAAGUUAUGGUGCACCAAAUAAUAUUAAUAAUAUUACACCGAUAUCUCAUUAACUGAAUGUUUCUCCACCAAAGCAAUAUGGUGGUUACGGAGCAGGUCUAAAUAUUCUGAGUCCUUAGUCUACUUACAAGCAAUAUUAGUUUGGUGAUUUCCAAUCAGGAGUUGGAUAAAAAGAUAUUUAUCCAUCUACUUCUUCAUUUAUAUCUAAUAAUGCCUAUUCUUAUAACAAACCCUUUGCUCCUCCCUCAUCUCAAAAUGGACCAGUUAAUUAAUAUUUAGGAUCAAACAAAUAUGUGAGCGGUUCAGUUGAAGGCUAAUUUAAUUAAUUUUAAGGAAAUGCAGGCCCAAAACCAUUUAAUGAUUUAGAUUUCGAAUUAAAUAAGCUAAAUGCACCCAAUAAAUUCUCAUCUUCUAAUAACCCUAUUGGCUCUUUAAAUUAAAAGAAAUAUGCUUUUGAAUAAUCUCCUAAAAGAUCUAACUAUUUUGAUGUUGAUAAAUAUUUCGAAAACUUUAAAGAUCCUUUAGAAAAUUUUGAUGUUAAUGCUAAAACAUUGCCUAAAAACUAUCCUGUUGAUAAAUCUGCACCUGUCUACUCAAAUUCCACAACGCUAAAUUAAGCAAAUCAAGUUUUAAGCUAUUAAGCACAACCAAACCCAUAAGUUAUACCAGUUAGCAAAUAUUCAUAAGAUCCUGUAGUUUCUGGACCUAUGUAUAACAAAGAUAAAUUCGAUGAAAGACCUGAAGUUCAAAGUAGAGUAAUUUUUGAUUAGAAGUCUAAUGUGCCUGCUUUCACUUAGCAUGUUGGAGAAAGUAUAUAUAUAAAAAGAGACAAAAACAGAUCUCUUGUAGAUUUUUAAAUUAAAAAUCCAUCAUAUAAUUAACCAGAAGCUAACUAUGAAAAUAUCAAUAAAAGUACAAGCUAUUUACCUUAACCUUCAUUUAAUUUUUCUAUUGAAAAUAACUAAGUUAAACAGGCAAAUAGAUAUGAUUAAGUCUUAGAAAAACCAUAGUAAUCCCCAGUAAACUUUGACUUAACUUUACCAUUUGCUGAAGUAAAAAAAUAGGAAACUAAAAAACAGCAAUUAUAACAAUAACCUCAGUAAUAGUAGAAUUUCUUUAAAGAAUAUAACGAACAGAAAAAAUAGAGAACUGAGCCCACACCUACUGAUGAUCCAUCUUUAUUUAAAAGCAAAGAAUAUUAUGAUUUAUUCAUCUCUCAUCAAAGGUAGCAAAAAGAAAUAGGAUUUUAGUAAUUCUAAUAGAAUCUCUAAGAAUAAGAAUUCAACAAAUAGUUGAAAUAAUACUUAAAACAAUAGUCUCCUUAAAAGAAUAACAUUCUUGAAAAACUAGAGCAAAAAAAUAAUAAAUCAGAUUCUAUCAAUCAUUAUAAAUCUAAGUAAGUUGCUAUGAUUGAAAAGAUAAGAUCAAAAGUAUAAUCAUAGAAUUUUUUAAACAAAAUAACUACCGAACUUGAUGCAGAAUAGGUUUAUUUUAUCAAAUUUCUAGUAGAAUAAAUAACAAUUGACAGUGAAAUAGAUAAAGUUAAAGAUGAAAUAUUAAAGUCGACAGAAUUUUCAAUCUAGAUUAUGUUCAACUUCUUUGAUAAAAAGAAAAAGAAAAGUAUCGACAUUAAUAGCUUUUUAGAAGGACUAGAAAAUCUAUCUAUUCCUUAUAUUAAAGUUUAUGUUUAGAAGAUAUUUUCUCGUUAUUUACAAGAUGAAAAUAAACAACUAAGGUAUUGUGACUUCGCCGAGAUUUUUGCAUAGAAUAAAAAAUAAGGCACAAUGAUAAAUCAAAUAUUUUCUUUUGUAGGACCAAAAAAUGGAGUUAUUAAAGAACAAAAAAAAUCAUUCUAAUUCAUCAAAAACCUAAGCUCAAAUAUCAGCGAAGAAUAAAAAAAACUUAUUUAAUAAUUGUUUACUCACUUGAUUAAUAUAGAAAAGUCUAUUCAAAGCUUUAAAGACAUGUAAGGGGAUGAAGAAAUUCUUUUUAAGAUAUUUAAAUCUCUAGAUAAAAGCUAAAAAGGUUUUUUAGUUAUCAAUGAUUUAGUAGAUUACUUAAAUUAAAAAGGAGGAGAUUAUGAAAAAGAAGAAUUUAUAGGAAUAUUUAAAAGAUUAAGCUUCACAGCUAAUUCAGGCAGAAUUAAUUUUCAUGAAUUUUUAACUUAGCUAUAGAGAGAUGUUAUAGUAUAGCCUGCACCUUCUGAAUAAUAAAAGGCUGUGGUAUAAAAUUAAAAGGAAGAAGAUUUAAAACCAAUUAAAAUAUUAAAAGAACCUAAUAUGCCAGGAUUUAAAAAAGUUUAAUUUAAGGGAAAAUAAAGAAAAAAUUGA